AUGUCUUCUCGUCUUCUUCAUCCGGAUGAGUAUGAGCUCGCCGCUCGCGACUCACUCGACUCCGAAGGGACCUUCAAUCUGGACGAUGCGGACUUUGAAGCCCAAGUCCCGCCAGGGUCUAGAUUAGGCCCCCACCAAUAUCGAUGGCUACGAAUGUUCUCAUCAACUGUGUCUGGAUAUCACCGUUUAAAAUCAAAAUCACGGCCUGUUUUGGUGAAAUCCGCACGUCGUCCGUCAUGUUUGCCACGCCUCUUUCGACGCCGAUGUUGUUACCUCCAUAUUAUCCUCGCCUUCCUCUUCGCGCUCUUAUUCCUGACAUCCAUCGUAUGUCCCUCCUACACUCAUCCGCCAUCGCAUUAUUACUCCCUCCGAUUUUUGGCCCGAAAUACAACCGAAGCAGGUCGGGGGAACUUGCGCAACGAAAGAAUAUUUAUCGCCGCCAGCCUGUACGACCGCGAUGGCAAGCUGGCUGGGGGCCAUUGGGGCGCGCAAUUACUUGAAUUAAUUCAUCUCCUGGGUGAUCAGAACGUAUUUGUGAGCAUCUACGAGAAUGAUGGAGGCGUUGAGGGCAAGCGCGCAUUGCGCCAAUUGGAGCAGCAGAUCACAAGCCGAAAGUCCAUUGUCUUCGAAGAGCAUCUGGAUCUCAAGACUGUGCCGACUGUGGUCAUUCCGGGGGGGCGAGAAGCGGCUCAGGUUCGGAACAAAGCCCUUCAACCUCUCAAUGAUGAUCCUUAUACACGAUACGACAAACUUCUUUAUUUGAAUGACGUUCUAUUCGACCCUGUGGAUGCACUUCAAUUACUGUUCUCCACCAACGUCAAUAAACUCGGGAUGGCCGAGUAUCGCGCCGCGUGCGCCGUGGAUUUCGCCAACCCCUUCAAAUUUUACGAUACGUAUGCGACGCGCGAUCUCGAAGGGUUCGGCAUGGGCGUACCAUUCUUUCCGUGGUUCUCUACUGCAGGCAGUGGCGAGAGUCGGAAAGAUGUUCUCCAAGGGAAAGAUGCUGUGCGUGUUCGCAGUUGCUGGGGUGGCAUGGUAGCCUUCGACGCGAAAUACUUCCAAACGAAACUGCCGGACAGGUCAUCACCCGCCCGGUUUCGCUCCGGAGAUGAUUUGUUUUGGGAAGCGUCGGAGUGCUGCUUGAUUCAUGCCGAUAUUCAAGAUCCCCAGUCUUACUUAAAUAACGUCGUUGAUACGGGGAUCUACAUGAAUCCCUAUGUGCGCGUCGCGUACGAUUACCGUACGUUGACGUGGCUCGGCGUUACGAGACGUUUCGAGAAACUUUACCCUCUGAUCCAUAAUAUUGUCAAUCAUCUUGUCGGCCUCCCAUGGCUCAAUCCUCGACGCACUGAAGGCUUUGGGCAGCGUGUUCAUGAGGUUGUGUGGAUCCCCAAUGAACGUCACAAUGGUGGCGGAUCCUUCCAGAGCGUUGACAGAAUAGCUGGCAAUGAUGGGUACUGCGGUCGACGUGGUCUACAAGUUAUAUUAGAAAACCGCGAACCGGGCAAAAAAGGGUACGAAGAUAUCCCUGUGCCAUCAGCUUAG